AUCGAUUGCAAAAUGGCAGGCGCAAAAUGCAUGAGCAUCGAAGGUUCACUUCACUUCACUGCACAGAAGUCUCAAAAGUCAAGAAAUCGCGUUGGGGAUGCACUCGUUCCUGAUACCGGAACGACAUCUUCUCGGACGAGACUGUUUUCCUAGAAACGAGGGCUCGGGCGAUAGACACGCACGCAGCACACAAAGCAAUCCUGGUGAAGAAAUGACAGCAAUUUCCUUGAUUGAUGCUGAUUAUAUCCCCCAAAUUUCCGUGGACUCGAACUGGAAUGACGAGUCAAAAUUCAAACCAUCGAACCACUCAUGCACAAUCGCAGUCAAUCCAGAGGUUUACAGGCACAGUUGAGUUACCAGGGCGAGUGGACGAACAUAACCACAGCGCUCUCAGGUCGGAGAUCAGAGGAAAAUUGCUCACGUGAACCAUUUUCUCAGAGGUUAAUGGCUCACAAUAGCGGACGGACUGCCUCACCUCCGUCAUCAGAAUCAUCUACGUUAGAAUCAUUCUCAGAACAAUUGCAUAUCCGUCAGAUUCUGAGUGUUUAUCCGCUCAACUCGAUCGUAUAGUGACAGGGUGGACUUGAGAUCAAUAGGUUUCAGGUUCCAGCAGUUGGAUGGAAGUCUGAGAGAAGAGGGGAAUGAUGUGAAUGGCCCUGACCUUGUGGGUCGCCAAGCACAUGUGAUGCUCGGCAUGUGACCCUGUGUGCAUGAAGAUCAGAUGGCACCACACCCUUGUGACUUGAUAAGGCCGAGCACGUUCUGGGCGUGCGAGGCAUUCCUUCUCGCGCACAGAAGCGGUUCUGUGUUCAGCAAGCCAAUCGUUUCUCCAUGAUCGCGUCGUGCAUCCCAUUCUUCGCUCCACCGAAGCAGGUUGUGAUCUACCGAGCGACUUCAACAGUUACCAAAAUGAUUGCCAUAGUGAACGAAGAACUAGAAUCCAAGCGUGUGGUGAGAAACAUCUCUCAACAUACAGCGAGGCUGGAUCAAAUGGAGAUAUUCUGCUUCCUUCUCAAGCGUUUCCAGGCACAUCGACGGGAGAAAAAGUGACCAUCUGUGAGCACAGUGUGCGCGCUGGUGUGUGAAGCUGUUGAGGGAUGCGGCUCGACGUGCGAAGAAGAAGACAAGCAAAGUAGUCGGGAGUGGAUCAGAUUUCUGCCAUAUGUGCUCCAGGGAGCACAACGACUGUGUUCUCCUGCGCACCCGAUAUCUUCAAUGGUCGCGCUGGGCACAACACAUGCCAUGCCGAUCACUCUUCGAUUCUGAAGAUGUUUGGACCCUAUGUACAGCUGUAGCACGUCCCUGAGCUUCUCUAGUGCUGGUUCGACAACCAUAUCAGGAUCCACUCCUGAGCGUUGGGCUCAAUACAGAGCAAAAUGUUGCUCACGGUGUUUAGCAAGGUCUUAAUACUCGGGAAAUGUCUGAAAUCGGUCGUCUUCUCGUGCAUCCGAUGCCUAAUUUGGAGCUCAAGUUUUUGCUUCCCUGAAGAGAGCAGCAGCAGACACAUCAGAUACAUCAGACACAGAAGACACCGCAGGCGCAGAUCUAAUGCUCUAUGCCCUAGCCAGAGACAGAGCAAUGUAGGCAGCACCUCUGAAAUUACAUGCGCAUGACUUCUUCAUCAUGCAGCGGAGUCGCGGUGCAUCAGUUCUUCGGGACUCUGCUCCCUCCACAGGAAACGAUGAAGUCCAGAAUCACUCUUUCAAAGCCUACGAGGCAACGACUGCUGUUACGGCGGCAUUAAACUGAUCAGCAGAAAUUGACCAAGACAUGAUUGCAGAUGUUCUCGACUCAACCAACAUUGUUUCUGGAAACACGAGAAGGAAGCAAUCAUUGUAGUUUCCAACUUUGGAUGCUGCCAAUGCAGAUCAUGUGACGAGGCAAUAUUCAUCUGGUGUCGUGGACAAAUUGUUGCAAGGAAUCUUACUCAUGGUGAGGAAACCUUUGCAAGCAAGUUCGAUCAGAAUCCAACGGGAGAAAGUAACUUCAUUACGGCUUCCUGUUUUCUGAUAUCGUCGCUACUUUGUCUCCUCCAGCGCCUUACACAAUCCUCCGUAGAAUUUCUUAAGUCCACGGAUUAAUCUUGUAUGGAUUUUGUUUUAAUACAGAUACUAGAAAAAACAGUCUGGAAGAUAGCACUUGCAUGGAGCAAUCCAUAUCAGUAGAAAGUGAUGAACUGAAAAGAUCCGGGGCAUCAUUCUGGUGUCUAUUGUUUGGGAUGCACCUCGAAGCCGGCUAUAGCGUGAUGAUAUGGUCCACCUGGUUUAGUGCAGACUAUUUCCUCUGGGGAAUCUUGGCCUAAGUAAGUGGACAUAAAGGACAUUUUUGAUGCAGUCAAAGUCCAUGGUUUCAACAAUAUUAGUUCAACCCCACCAUGCUGUCAGAGCUCUUCAUACUCAAGAAUGAUAACGAGAAUCCUUUGAUCGUAAGGACCAUAAGAAAGGCUGUUCAUUCAGUUAACUGUGAAGGAACAGACCGUUGAAAGCAAGUUGCUUCAACAUUCUUAUGUACUUGUAUUUGUAGAUAUCAUCAUGAUCACGCUCUAGGAUGAUCUACGAGAGAUCAAAACUGACUCGAGAAACUCUUGUUGCCUUUACCUGCUUCUUUUCAUUUUGUAAGAAACUUGAAUAGUCUGAGAAACCAUCUCUGUUUGCAUCCGGGUCCUCAGAUUUGAGGAUGGGAGGGCAUUCUCUAAUAUCCGAAAAAAGGAUGUAUACAGUUUCAAUGAACAUUGUCACGAUGUGCUCACUG